UCAAAAACACAUUUUUACAACGAAAAACCUUCUGGAACAGAAGGGGUUAAACAGCUACGUAAAUAAAUAAUAACUUGUCUUCACAAGAUUCUUGAAACUAAAAUCUCGCUCUCAAAAAAUCACGAUCGAUCUUCUCAUGCAUGCAAAAAUAAUAUUACAAAAAAAAAAACAAUAAAUAUUUUGAAAUUUUUGAUCACCUCUCGCAUCGGGGCACGUUCACGCCCUACCCGUUAUCACCACCAGCUGAGUCAUCAGCUGAUCGAUGCCGAUGUGUUAGUGCCAUCCGAGCGUAACGCUCGCCACUUGACAACUGUUCGUUCGCUCCUUUUCCCACCCACUGCGCCCACAAUGAAUCGAUCGCGUUCCGUUCCAUUCGUUCAGUCUCGUUCUGGCAACCGCAGGUGUUCGAAGUGGGUUUGUUGUGCGUUCACGUAUUAGUAGCAGCAGUAGAUGCCAGUCAGUAGUAAAUAAAUAACAGCUUGCUUGCGACAAAUUCGAACAACGUAGUAGUAGUUUUCACCAUUAUUCACGUUUAGUUUAGUGUCUAAAACGAAUUAAUCGCGUCAAUGGUCGAAGACGUAGACAGCACAAAGAAUCGAGACGCAGAAGACUGAGGAAAAUAUUGGUGAGGAAGUGGAGAACAAAAUCUGUGUCGUGUUUUUGGGAAAAGGGAUUCGCAUGUAGCUACAAGGGCGCAAUAGAUUUGCGCAGUUUCAUCAUCCCAUCGGAGAAUAAGCUAUGGCCCUCUGUCUGAUGUCGGAAGGUGGUGCUCCGGAGAACUUCCACAUUUCAUUCACCAACGACGACAAUGAUUCCAAUCUGAGCGCUAGCGCUACGCGAUGUCCCCUGUGCAACUAUUCGAAACGUCACUUCCAUUGCAAAAAUUGCAUCCGCAAAGGAGAUUUCAUCCACUCAACCCAUCACAUACUGGAGAGAUUCUCCGAGAAGCAACUUCGUUAUAGGAAUCUUAAAUCCGCCCAUGCCACUUUGGAGAGCAAAUGUGUCAAUUUGUUGCAACGCCGGAGGCUCAGCUGUCAGCUCCGGGCGGAAAUCAAACAGCGGACGGAGAACAUUAGCAAUAUUCGUAAAUUAAUGGCCCUCAAGCGAGAAAACGUAGGCCAGCUGCAAGCUCUGAAGAAGGAACUGAACGAAUCCAAUCGAUUGCUUCGGAUGAAGCUGCCUCGCUGCGACGACAAGGUCAAAAUGAUUGGCGAUUACGUACUGUCCAAGUUGGAAGAAAGCGAACGACGUCGUACUAGUCUAACGGAAUUACAGGACAAGUUGAAACAAUUCAGGAGGGAACACAUUGACAAGCUGAUCCGAUACAUAUUCCCCAUCUCGCAGGCCAUCAGCAACAGGGGUAGCUUUUCAAGUAGCGACGGGGAAAGUAAUAAUACGAUCAAUGAAAUCUCAGACGCUACUAGAACGGCUUACGUCCGCGGCAAGUGGGUCCUACAGGAUAGCUUUGGUGAAAUCCAACACAUAAUAGUAGCUCCUGCUUUGCCGGGAAAUGGAAACUAUUCCGCUUAUAACGACUGGGCAACGGUAAACCCGGCCACGGAUGUGAGUUCCAGUGGAAGAAGCGAAGAUGCCGUCCGUAAUAUGGCCAGCAGAAAUCCUGCGCACACCAUCGCUGCAGCGCUAACCUACACCGCUCAGGUGGUGCAGAUUAUGUGCUUCUAUCUCGACAUCCGUUUGCCGUACAAAGUAUCGUACAGUGAUUUCUGCACAACGGCGCUCUCGGAGGCACAAUUCAAUCGUAAAGUUGCUCGACUGAAUGCCAACAUUCUGUAUCUGUGCUAUACCCAAGGCUGUCGCUUGAACGAAUUGCGCCCGACUCAUACCCUUGAGAACGUUCAGCGGUUGAUGAACUCGACCCAUGCAGAUUUGGGUCGAUUCGGACCGAUGGAUAGGAACUCCUGCCUGAAUGAGCCCGCGGAUGCUGCCCUCACUCAACAUCUCGGCAUUGGCGAAGACUCUGAUUCUGACGACGAAUCCAACAUCCAUCAGGAGUGGGAAGCACUUCCGAGCAAUCUGUCUCCUCCGGUGGACGCUAAUGUCCUGCCGCUGGCUGGAACAGCUGGCGGGAAUCCACUGCCAUACGGCAAUACUCAACAUUACCAGCAACAGCAUCAUCAUCAUCAUCCGCACCAUCAGGGUACGACAACUAGUUUGAUGACGAGUGCGGUCGCUUCGGUGACUUCCUUCUGGAAGGGUUGGACCGGGGGGAAAUAAGUUUAAGUAGCGAAUUGGAACCUCAGUUCCAGCAGGAAGACAAGGUAAAGUGAAUUAGAAAUGUGAUACGUGACUAAAGAGAAUAUGCGAACGCGCUGGUUAGCAUACAGGAGUUUUCGGACGCAUGCAAGCAGAUGUUCCGGACGAAUGCAAGGUAAAUAGUUGUAACCGUUUGGGCCGCUAGUAUAACCUUAACAAACUUUUAUUUUUAUAUCGCGAAAAUUCUAAUAAAAGCGCAUAGUUUGCAUUAUCUAAAGCUACUAAAUUGAACGGAUGAUGAAAGCAUUAUUUUUUAUUGUUCCGAAAUUUCCAAUGGUAAUACGAGGACAUCUAAGCGUCACGGAUUGUAUGAAAUUUAAUUAUGUAGAUCUCCAUUACCAGCGCUAAAAUUAGGCCAAUACAUUUAUGACUAUGUUUGAAAAGAACGGUGAGCAUAAUAAUUGUAAGAUGAUGCGCUAGAUCUACUAUCACACUAUACUGGUGUGAGAAAGAAUUCUAGAUAGAGCUGUUACAGCUUUUGUAAACAAUGACUUCUCUCGAUGAUUUCUAGGAAUUCAAAGCGCGCCCUCGCAAACCAACAUAACCUUCGGAUAGGGGAAGUCUUCCCCUACCUGAUGGUGAUAUUGAAUUGCUUGAGCCUUGAGUUUCUAGAAAUCAUCGAGAGAAGUCAUUGUUUACAAAAGCUGUGACGGCCUAAUUCCAGCUCUAUCUAGAAUUUACUGAGGGUGCUUCUCGAACUCUGAUCAGGCGGUUCGAUACUACCUUUAAGUUUAACGCAUUUGUAUGUUCGAUCGAGGGAGUAAUGUUCUUCAGGCGGUUCUUAAAGAGGCAUACGCUGCCCAUAAUUCCAUAUCAGUCCCAUAUGGAAAAACUAGGCAAGUGGAAGUUACGAAGUGCGAUUCCCAUGUAAAUAUUUGAAAAAUCAUAGUUAAUUUAUUAAUUUUUUGAUCAUUAAAAAAUCAGUUGCAUUAAAGCUUGCAUGUUUUGUUAUAUCAGUGGAAAAUAUGGUAACUCGAAAAUCAAAACUGUAACUUCACCUCUGGACGAUUUAAAUUAAGGAUGGGACUGAUAUGCAAUUACUUUGCUUGAUGGGACAAACUGACUUGAUGUUGUUUUCACCUUUUUCAUAAUCAAAGUCCGUAGUUUUUUCACGUAAUAUGAAAGUAGAUGCCAAUUGAUAGCGUUGUUAUCUCAAAAUUGACGAAAAUCCAUAUGGGACUGUUGAGGCAACGGCUCGGGAGUGACAGGAUGUGGCCUUCAGGGGACCCUAUUUUUUGUCAGCGAUUCACCAGCACUCGGUUAACUGGUCAUCCAACAAGCCAAACUUUUAACGGCAUAAUCACACAACUUUUAUUUGCUCCUACGGUCGUUUAAGAUCU